ACACACACACACACUACCUGUCAGAACAGUGUGUCUGUCUCCAAAUUGAAGUCAAAAGGCAGACAGGAUUUGGGUUGAGUAUAUAUUAUAGUAUAUAUUGGCAAUCGAAAUUAUUUCAGUGUGUGUGUGCGUUGUUGCUGGUUUUAAAUGUCAGCUUAGAUUGAAGACUAAAGGCGGAACAUCAUAUUCAUCAUGUCUAGACGACUUUCCAGCUCUCCAACACCUUAAACUCUCACUCAGUUUCAUCCGUAGAGCUCAUCUACUGGAAGCACCCAGAGACUCUGGACACAUCUGGAGUUUUCUUCACAGCUGGACUUCAACUUCACCUUGACGGAUUUUCUCUGGCAGGUAGCUGGAGCAGCUGUUUACAGUCUUUCUAAAGCCUGACCACCAUGUUGGAUAACGACAGGUAUGCAGGCAAGAAGAGGAAGAAGCCUGUCCAAAAACAGAAACCCUCUAAUGAUGCCACCAAGUCCAAUCCAUCGAAGAGGCACAGGGAUCGCUUGAACACCGAACUGGACAGGCUGACCAACAUGCUUCCCUUCUCUGAGAGCGUGCUCACUCGCUUGGACAAACUCUCAGUCCUGCGUCUGAGCGUGGGCUACCUGAAAGUCAAGAGCUUCUUCAAUGCCACCAUGAAGAAAAACAGUUUGGAGUUUCACGCAGGGAAGGGUUUAGAUACCAGCAAUAUGGAUGCCAUGGGCUUCUCAGAGGGAGACCUUCUCCUUCAGGCUCUCAAUGGCUUUGUACUGGUGGUCACUGCAGAGGGUUAUGUCUUCUAUGCGUCACCAACCAUUCAGGACUACCUUGGCUUCCAUCAGUCCGAUAUGGUCCACCAGAGUGUGUUCGAGUUCAUCCACAUAGAUGACAGAGCCAUGUUCCGAAGGCAGCUGCAUUUUGCCCUCAACCCAAAGCUGAUGGAAGCUGAUGGUACCCAGAACAGUAGUGAUAUCACAAGGAAUAUUGUAACCUACAACCCACAGCACAUCCCACCUGAAAACUCAUCUUUCCUAGAGAGGAGCUUUGUAUGUCGCUUCCGAUGCCUCCUGGACAACUCAUCUGGGUUUCUGAAACUGAGCUUUCAAGGAAGGUUGAAGUUCCUGCUUGGGCAGAAUAGGAAGGCUGAGGAUGGUUCUCUCAUCCAGCCUCAGCUUGCUCUUUUUGCCAUUGCCACUCCUGUUCAGCCGUCAGCUAUCAUGGAGAUCCGCACUAAAACACUAAUAUUUCAGACCAAGCAUAAGCUGGACUUUACGCCUAUGGGUAUUGAUGCCAGGGGCAAAGUUGUGUUGGGUUACACGGAAAUGGAGCUGUGCAUGAGGGGGUCUGGAUAUCAGUUCAUUCAUGCAGCGGAUAUGAUGUACUGCGCCGACAGUCAUGUCAGAAUGAUAAAGACUGGGGAGACUGGAAUGAUAGUUUUCCGACUUUUAACCAAGAAUAAAGGAUGGGUUUGGGUGCAGUCAAAUGCCAGGCUUGUGUACAAAGGAGGACGUCCUGACUUUGUUAUUGCUCGUCAACGCGCUCUAGUAAACACGGAAGGGGAGGAGCACUUGCGCCAGAGGAGAAUGCAGCUUCCCUUCACCUUCGCCACAGGAGAAGCAGUGCUUUACGAGACCUGUCCGAUGCCUGACAUAGUGAAACCCAAAGACAUGAAUGGAGUUAACCAGACAACCUUGGUUCCGAGCUCAAUCCUUGACACUAUUCAAAAACAAGACAAGUCAAUCUAUCAUCAGGACACCACGCCUCAGUUUACAGCAGACGAUGCCUUCACAGAUAGCUGGGCUCUCUGCAAUAUUCCAAGUCAUGCUGUGCAAGGUGAAACUGCAAACGAGGACACUGUUGUGUCCAUGAUUGAUGCCUUGGAACAGUUGGUUCACGAUGGAGAUCUGUGCACGGCACUUCAACAAAUGGAAGUGGACACAGCCGAUCUGAAAGAGUGGGAAAAUGCCCUUUUGAGGAUGACCAAAGACAGUAACGAUAAUGAGAGACCUCUUAAUCUUGAUGAAAUUCUCACCAAUGACAUAUUCUCCUAUGUGGAAGAUGCCUUAUGCAAGGAGAACAAUGCAGGUUCUGUGUCACAAAAAAAUGGCAUGAACAUCCAUCCAUUUGGAGGACAUUCAGCAACUACGGUGCAUUCAGGUUGUGACUUUACACAUCACAACUUCAAUAGCGAAGGAGCAGACAAAAAUCAUUUAAAGGCUGAUAGAAAACUGAACUAUCUCGCUGUGAAUGGGCAACAAGUGGACAGAAUAGUUGGUACAGAUGCUACCAUGGGAAACAAUGUACCAUGGAAUGGAGAUGUUUCUUCCCAGAAUCUCCUGAAUAACUCCUCCCACUUAGAGCAGACUGGCCGGUUCACAUGUGGUAGCAAAGUCUCACAGCUGAUCCCCCAGACUGGCAUGCAUGUGGGUUUAAAUGUGACCCAGAACAUGUUCAGCAUUGCCCCUUGCAAUGGUUGGGGGCCACCAAAACCCACAGAGAAUGGCAGAACGUCCAAGCUGGAAAGUACAGAAUCCUUUUGCCAGUUUACAUCCUACCCUGCUAAUCACACUAAAAAUCAACAAAUGAAUUAUUCACCAAAUCAUAUUCACAAGCAAAGCCAAACAACUACAAAUCCCUGGAAAAAUAUGAGUACAGGGGACCAUAAUUCGUCCUUGUGCCCAUCCAAAAACUGUGUCUCCUCUAUCAUAAACUCCUCAAAUCACUCACAAUUCCCCCAGCAGAGCCAGAUCCAAGCUUGGCAAAAUGCAUCACCAGAGCAGCCCAGUGCCAGCCUGGUCAAGAACAGACUUGCAUCUGAGGGCUGUUAUCAGACUUUGGAGGCCUCUGGUUUCUCUCCAGCUGAUCUUCUGCCAGAGAGCUCUCAGAGCUGUAAUGAUAAAGACAUCAACUUCGUCAGUAAGGUGUACCGCUCGCCAGAGAAUGGGCUGUCAGCUAACGAGUGUUCACCGCUCAGCAGCUGCAUGUUCGAGAACCACUCUUCACUCAGUACAAACAUGGAUCAACAGCAUCCUCAAGCACACGUAGUGACCAUCUCAUCAUGUGGCAAGAGUACAUUAACCAUCAACCAGAGUCCACCACAAGCAUCCUGUUACUUUGAGUGGCCAUGCAGUGAGCCAGUAUUGGGCAUGUCCUCAAUUCCACAAGAGGAUACUUGCAUCAGUCCUCUGUCGUGCCAGAUAGGACCUGGCAUUUCUACUCUCAACAGCCACAGUGUCUUCCAGAGACACCUUGGCUGCAAUGGACACAUAGGCCAAUGACCAUCACUUUGAAGACAUCACUAUUUCCUGUCCUUGCCUUGUCAGCUGACUUUCUCAGAACAGCAAAGGCGGUUGACAUGAGCCGACAUGAGUGUCUCGACUAAACCUUCCCGAGCUCCUGAGCGUGGACAUUGAAAUAGACACCACAAUGAACUGUACUUGUGUUCUCAAAGUUCUGUCUAAAGAACUGCACCAUUGUUAUUCAAGUACAACAUGGAAGUAAAGUUGAUUGAUAUUGUUUAAUAUUACGCAUUGUUUAGUAAUACGCAUAUCAUAAAUAAGUUUGGUCCAAAUUGGAGCCAUUUUUAUGAAAUUAAUCUUCAAGUUAUAUUUUGAAAUGUUGUGGCCUGAUGUUUGAUGGCUUGUGAUUUGACAGGUUAUUGUUGUUGUUGUUGUUGUUGCAGUAGUAGUUGUCAUUGUCUAGCUCACCUUCUCAAUUUCUGUUAAAGGAUAUUCCUUUCGCACAGCA